AUGGCUGGAAAAGGUGAAGGUCCUGCAAUUGGAAUAGAUUUAGGAACAACUUAUUCUUGCGUUGGCGUUUGGCAACAUGAUCGCGUUGAGAUCAUAGCAAAUGACCAGGGUAACAGAACUACUCCUUCUUACGUAGCUUUCACUGAUACAGAACGUUUGAUCGGUGAUGCUGCCAAGAACCAAGUUGCUAUGAAUCCUACCAACACUGUUUUUGAUGCUAAGCGGUUAAUUGGAAGACGAUUUAGCGAUGUGUCGGUACAGAGUGAUAUGAAAUUGUGGCCAUUCAAGGUGAUUCCUGGCCCUGGUGACAAGCCAAUGAUUGUGGUGAACUAUAAAGCUGAAGAGAAACAGUUUUCUGCUGAAGAGAUAUCUUCCAUGGUUCUUAUGAAGAUGAAGGAGAUCGCUGAGGCUUAUCUCGGUACAACGAUUAAGAAUGCUGUUGUUACUGUGCCUGCGUAUUUCAAUGAUUCGCAGCGUCAGGCUACAAAGGAUGCAGGUGUGAUUUCGGGGCUGAAUGUGAUGAGGAUCAUUAAUGAGCCUACUGCUGCUGCUAUUGCUUAUGGGCUUGAUAAAAAAGCUACAAGCACUGGUGAGAAGAAUGUUCUUAUUUUUGAUCUUGGUGGUGGAACUUUUGAUGUUUCACUUCUUACUAUUGAGGAGGGUAUUUUUGAGGUGAAAGCUACUGCUGGUGAUACGCAUUUGGGAGGUGAGGAUUUUGAUAACAGAAUGGUGAACCAUUUUGUUCAGGAAUUUAAGAGGAAGAAUAAGAAGGAUAUUAGUGGAAAUCCUAGGGCUCUUAGGAGAUUGAGAACUGCUUGUGAGAGGGCUAAGAGGACACUUUCCUCUACAGCUCAAACCACCAUUGAAAUUGAUUCAUUGUUUGAGGGUAUUGACUUUUACACUACCAUUACCCGUGCUCGAUUUGAAGAGCUUAACAUGGAUCUAUUUAGGAAGUGUAUGGAGCCUGUUGAGAAGUGUUUGAGGGAUGCGAAGAUGGACAAGAACAGUGUCCAUGAUGUUGUUCUUGUUGGAGGAUCUACUAGGAUUCCUAAAGUUCAGCAGCUUUUGCAAGAUUUCUUCAAUGGGAAGGAGCUUUGCAAGAGCAUCAACCCGGAUGAGGCUGUGGCUUAUGGUGCUGCCGUUCAAGCUGCUAUUUUGAGUGGGGAAGGGAAUGAGAAAGUGCAGGAUCUGUUGUUGCUUGAUGUUACUCCUCUUUCGCUUGGUUUGGAAACUGCAGGUGGGGUCAUGACUGUGUUGAUUCCGAGGAACACAACAAUUCCUACCAAGAAAGAGCAGGUGUUUUCGACCUACUCUGAUAAUCAACCUGGCGUGUUGAUUCAGGUCUAUGAAGGAGAAAGAACGAGAACUCGUGAUAACAAUUUGUUAGGAAAGUUUGAGUUGUCGGGUAUUCCACCUGCUCCAAGGGGUGUCCCUCAGAUCACUGUCUGCUUUGACAUUGAUGCCAAUGGUAUUUUGAAUGUCUCUGCAGAAGACAAAACUACAGGGCAGAAGAACAAGAUAACAAUCACCAAUGACAAGGGCAGGUUGUCUAAGGAAGAGAUUGAGAAGAUGGUGCAGGAAGCUGAAAAGUACAAAUCUGAAGAUGAGGAGCACAAGAAGAAGGUGGAAGCCAAAAAUGCACUUGAGAAUUAUGCCUAUAACAUGAGGAACACACUCAAAGAUGAGAAGAUUGCUUCCAAGUUGUCGGCGGAUGAUAAGAAGAAAGUUGAAGAUGCUAUUGAGGAGGCUAUUCAAUGGCUUGACGGAAAUCAACUUGCAGAGGCUGAUGAAUUUGAAGAUAAGAUGAAGGAGCUGGAAGGUAUUUGCAAUCCUAUCAUUGCUAGGAUGUACCAGGGUGCUGGUGGUGAAGCUGGUGGAGCUAUGGAUGAUGAUGGUCCUACUGCUGGCAGUGGAAGUGGUGCUGGGCCUAAAAUUGAGGAAGUCGAUUAA